AAAACUUGGCGUUGCCGUGGUGCAUGGACACAGACAAGAUCGGAGAUUAGCCCUGGGUUCUUCUUUCCCUUGAGUUACAAUCAUCUCAUUCAGUUUUAAACUGGAGAAUGUGCUACAAGAUAACUAUUUGUGUUUUGCUUGUCUUACUUCUUCCCAAAGCAAGUUCACUGCUCACAGCGCGUGUAGUGAACGGGACUGGGUGGGCAGGUCGCCUGGAGAUUCUGUACAACGGAACAUGGGGCACAGUGUGUGAUGAUGAAUUUACAAACAUUGAUGCACAGGUGGCCUGCAGGAUGCUUGGCUUUACCGGCUCUGGAGCCGUUGCUGUGUCCUCUGCUAUGUACGGGCAGGGUCAAGGCAAUAUUUUACUUGACGAUGUCGGGUGCCAUGGAAUAGAAACAAGCUUGGAGCAAUGUCCUCAUCGGGGCUACUACAGGCACAAUUGUCGCCCCUCCGAAGACGUCGGCGUUAUCUGCAACAAUCGAAGCCUGUCACUCUACAUUGUGGUCGCAGCAAACUCAGCAGCCACUAGUUAUCCAUUAUUAGAAGGAACAAGUGUCACUUUGAAGUGCGAGAGAACUCAACAUAAUCAAACCAUGACACAGUUCACCUGGCCAGAGACUGCAGGUGGUCGUCCUUCCGGGGAAUACCUGACCUUUGACAACGUGACCAGAGACCAUAACGGAAAGCGAGUGAAGUGUGAAGGCAGCUAUCUCUUCAGUGUGGUCAGACAAUCAAGUGAAAUACUAGAGUUACAAGCUUACUAUCGUCCUUUCAUCAACGUAACAUCAAAAGAUAAUGCAUGUAAAGCAGUCAACGGCUUUCCCAACCACUGCGCCGUUACUGAGGGAGACAAAUUUACACUUCAAUGUGAAGCUGACAGCAACCCUCCUCCUGCUACCAUCACGUGGUCUGGCAGAGCUGGCAAUAGUUCCGGACAAUUGUCAAUCGUAUCAGCAAACCGAGUACAACACAGUGGCGAAUACGUGUGUACAGUUGCUACACAGUCUCGUACUGAUGACACACGUCUUCCUCUGAGAUCGUCACAUCGACUCACUGUCGUCAUUAAAUGUAACAACAGAUGGUUAUUUCGUAUUGUUAUUUAG